AUGAAGUUGCCGCAUCAUCUCCUUCUUCCCCCAAUCCGACCCAACAAUGAAGACAAUAAUGAUUUCCAUUUUCCAAGCACUGAAGUCGCCGCAUCAUCUCCUUCUUCUCCCCUCCGCGGUCCUGGGCUCUGGUUUUCUGUCAAGCUCAAUACCCCAUCUCCGCCGUCCGUACUCCUCCCUGAUGGACGCAACUUCCGAUUUGCACUUCUGGGCUCCGAUUCUCUCAGCAUCGACAUCGAUGACGGGUGCAAAUAG